AUGGUGCAAACAACGGCGGAAAGAGAAGAAGCCGACCUGCAACGUGUCCAGACGCUGGGCAGUGUUCGACUCCAUAGCCAUGGCACCAGAAAGGUGAUAUUGAUUCCCACCCCGUCCAACCACCCGGAUGAUCCCCUGAACUGGUCCAAGGGGUACCGCUACUACAUGGCUGUUCUCGUCUGCUUAGCCAUGUUGAUGUGCAACUUCCUGGCAGCAGGCCCUACUGUAGCCAUCGUCGAAAUCACCAUUGACUUCUUCCACACUCCUCCCACCGACCCGGCGUUCGCUCAUGCAAUUGCCCGAGUUGCAUACUUCUUUACCACGACAGCGCUCUGUCAAGGAUUGGGAAACUUGAUCUGGAUGCCCCUCAUUGUCAAGUACGGACGGCGACCUAUCUAUUUGUCGUCGUUCACCCUUUACACUGCGUGCGCGAUCUGGAGUGGCUGCUCCAAGUCAUAUGGCUCUGAACUGGCUUCUCGCAUCAUCAUGGGUUUCGCUGCAGGGUCAGGAGAGUGUGUCGCGCCACUGACCAUUGCGGAUAUCUUCUUCCUCCACGAAAGGGGCCUCAUCAUGGCUUGCUACACUGCUGCUCUCUCCUGCGGAGUCGCUUUCGGAAUAAUCAUCUCCGGUCUCAUCACCAUCGACCACAGCUGGCGUUAUAUCUACUACGUCGCCACCGCCAUGAUUGGUGCCUUGACGCUUCUGGUAUUCUUUACCAUGCCAGAGACAUCAUACAAUCGAAGCCCGGCCGCCGUAACUCCUACCUUACAAGAAUUGUCAAACUCGGAUGCCGAGAGCAAGGCCACUGCCGAGCUCCGCGAAGAUUUCGGUGGUCAGAUCGUCAAUAUCGAAGCUCAAGGGCAAGUCUCGAAUCCACAGCACAAGAAGCGAAGCUACGUCCAGAGUCUCAAGCUUUACAGUGGUGUCCUGACCAACGAAACAUUCUUCACGAUUUUCUUUCGACCCAUCGCUCUCCUGGUCCUUCCCCCCGUCUUGUGGGCCACGCUCUGCAUGUCUGUGACGAUCGGCUUCUUGGUCGCUAUCACGUCCAACUUUGCUUCUGCCUUCCAAACAACCUAUGGCUUUGCUCCGUGGCAAUCAGGCCUGUGUUUUGUAGCCGGCCUUGUGGGUUCACUCGUUGGCAUCCUUUUCGGCGGCUGGUUCUCCGACUGGACUGCGAACAUGCUUACUUAUCGCAACAACGGCAUCCGUGAACCCGAAAUGCGGCUUCCUUCCAUGACACUCGGGAUGAUUGCUGCUCCAGUCGCUCUCCUUCUAUAUGGUGUUGGCAUCCAGAAUCAGCUGCACUGGAUGGUUCCCACUCUUGGCCUUGGUCUUCUCAACUUUGCCAUUACUCAGGCAACAAAUGUUUCAUUGGUUUACACAGUUGACGCCUAUCGACCCGUGGCAGGUGAAGUUAUCACAACACAGCUUGCAUUCAAGGCGGCGUUCGGCUUCCUUCUGUCGUUCUACACCAAUCCUUGGAUCGCCGAGUCGGGCUAUUUGGAUUCCUUUGGCGCCAUGGCGGGCAUUAGCGCAGCAAUACUUUUUUGCUGGAUUCCCUUUUAUCUAUUCGGCAAGAAAGUCAGACAUGCCACCAUCAAAUGGCGAAUCAUGAAAAGGGUGCCGCCAGAGCACACAAUGAGAGGCCGAGUGGCGAUCAUUUCUGGGUCGAGCUCAGGAAUCGGGGCCGCAAUUGCUCGUGAGUUGUCAUCGCGAGGGGCGACAGUGGUGAUCAACUACCCCUAUGCUGAGCUCCGGGCACAAGCCGAAGCCGUUGUCACCGGCCUACCCCAAGAUGGCAAGGGGAUGGCCGUGCAAGCUGACCUCUCGACAACGGACGGGCCGCGCAGACUGAUCGACGCUGCCGUGGAGAAGUACGGCAAGAUCGAUAUUCUAGUCAACAACGCCGCGCUUGCCGUCAACCUGCCGCUUGCCGAGCAGACGCUUGAACAUUGGGAUCGACUUGUCAACCUGAACGGCCGCGGCACCUUCCUCUUGACUCGGUCGGUGCUGCCUCAUCUGCCGAAACCAUCGGGUGGUCGAAUCAUCAACAUUGUCAGCGUCUCAUCCAGAGGACCUCCACCCGGUCAGACCAUCUACGCCGGCACCAAGGGUAUGGUGGACUCAUUCACGCGUUGCUGGGCCAAAGAGCUGCCGCCUGUGUAUGGUUGCACCGUGAAUGCCGUCAGUCCUGGGCCGACAAGGACGGAAGGAUUCGGCGACGCCGGGGUCGAAGCGAUGAAGAUUUUGCAGCCGGUCAUUGACCAGACUCCCGUGGGGAAGCGAAUGGCCGAGGCGGAAGAGAUCGCUUAUGUCGUGGGCUGUUUGGCCGAGGAAAGAGCCAGAUGGAUCAAUGGCGCUCAUGUUUGUGCAACUGGCGGAUUGUUCAUUGACUGA